AUGAAGAGACUUGACCGCUGGGAGCUGGGGCUUCUGGGGGACAGAGAGCGUCACGCUCCAAAGCUCGGUGGAGGCUGGAGACGAAUGGCUGUACUGGGGGCAGUGGGGGCAACUCCCAGCUUCGGGACUCACCCUCUCCUGACUCGGCUGUCUCCCCCACGGCUACAGCUGAGAGCCCACGCGGUGGACAUGAAUGGCAACAAGGUGGAGAACCCCAUUGACCUCUACAUCUACGUCAUCGACAUGAACGACAACCGCCCCGAGUUCCGCAACCAGGUCUACAAUGGCUCCGUGAACGAGGGCACCAGGCCAGGCACCUACGUGAUGAGCCUGACGGCUAAUGACGCCGACGACGACACAACGGCCAAUGGCAUGGUGCGCUACCGCAUUUUGUCACAGUCGCCCCACCCCAGCCCAUCCAACAUGUUCACCAUCAACAGUGAGACGGGCGACAUCGUCACCAUGGCUGCCGGCCUGGACCGCGAGAAAGUGUCCCAGUACACAAUCAUCGUCCAGGCCACGGACAUGGAGGGCAACCUGAACUUCGGACUGUCCAACACAGCUACUGCCCUGAUUUCUGUGACCGACGUCAAUGAUAACCCGCCGGAGUUUACCAGCAAAACGGUGAGUAGCUGA